CUCCCAUCGUGAUGACCUUUCCAAACAAUACCCAAUUAUAUCCAUCUCCCUCCCUCCUGACAACCUCUCCGUGCCUUCGACAUACCCGUUCAUCCAUCGUUCGCUAUCCGUUCGCCAGCCUCCCUCUGUCGAUAGGUCGCACGAGCUGAGGAGGCCGAGGACAGCUACUACACCUCCGAGCCACUUCUCGCAAUCGUUCCGCUCCUCGCAAUCGUUCCCCCCGAACCCCUCACAGCAAAUCCUUUCGAACUCCUCUUCGCAGAGCACGUUCCUUUCUUUCUCCUCAGACAACAGCACACCAACGCCAAGCACCAUGAACAAAGUCUCAACGCUUUCACUGACCCCCCCACCCCCCGCCAUCCCAGAAAUCUAACAAGGCUGCGCAGGCUGUGUUGAUGGAGCCUGCCUUUACUCCGUUUUUCGUCAGUGUAGGUUCUAAAACUGGGUCUGGGUCUGGUUCUGCUUCCAUCAAUGGUUCCAUUGCUGGUUCCGGCUCGGGCUCUGCUGUCUCUCUUUACCCCCAGCAUUGCCGGAACCAGUACAUCAGGCUCAGGUUCACCCCCAGCACAAAAAAAGAAUAAAGCAGCGCAGGCAGUGCUGAUGGAACCUAAUGCUGCCUUUUUUUUGCCGCAGAAUAAGAGCCGGGUUUCGUUGAUGGGAGAGAGCUCUAGCUCUAGUUCGAGUUCGAGUCAAUCCGGGAAGGAGAGCGGCAAGGGACGGAGCAGAGGCUCCUUGGGGAGUCGAAUGACCGGCUUGGGGCUAUUCGGUGUCAGGACGAGUCCUAGUGCAACUGUUGGAAGUCCGAGUGCAAGUUCGAGGGUGUUGGAGGAAGAGUCGGGUGAGGGAACGGGUCAUUUGGAUGUACAGUUUCCUGUUAGUACGCCGCCGGAUUUGCGGGGUGCGGCGCUUGAGCUGGGGAGCGUUGUACCACUGACACCGCCACUACCACUGGAUUCGCGAAGUGUCGCACUGCUGGACGUCAUCCCGCUGGAUCCACGAGACCAUACGGUCCUCGAGACGAUCUACAAUGAGAUGCACGCGGAUCGGUUCAUUAACCUUUCUCCGUUGAGUUUGUUGGCUAAUACGGUGGGGUUGUGGUUCAAAGAUGUUCGGACGCACCCGCCGAUCCUGUUGCGUUUCCCACCGCCGAGGGAACCUGAGGGCUCAAAUACGCUAUCGGUAUCAAAUAUGGGUUCUUCCAGCCUUGGGUCUGGCGUUGGUGCCGACAGGAAUACUUACUCGAAGACCACGAUCAUCUCACUGGAUGGUUUGAGUAACGGCGCAUCGCCCUACGCCUCCCUCGAUUGCGCAAUCUCUAUCCAACGACAGACGCAAAUGCGGGCUCUGCCGAACCCCGCGUUAGAUGUCGACCUAAAGUUUUUGAAUCUCCAUCUAGCACUGCGCGUGAAAGAGAUCGUAGCAUGCGCAGAAGCGAUGUGGGAGUGGGUAAGCGAGUUUCAGAGAGGCAUGGGGAGGACGGAUGGGGUGUAUGGCAAAAUCAUUGGGUUGACGAGGUCGCAGUUUGAUGAGCUGUUGUUGAGGUUUGAGCUGUGAGUACUCUUUCUCUCUUUUUUUUCUUCCUGUGUGGAUGUGUGGAUUUGAGUUUGUUGUUCGGUACCAAUGCCGUUGAUCACUUCUCGGAAACCUGAUGGUGAGACCUUGGAGGUGGCGUGGAAUCGCCUUUUUUUACUAGCUUCGCGGGGGCACAGCAGCUGGAUGAUACGCGUUUA